UUUUAGGUGAAUCCAUUUAUUUACUAUUCCAAUUUUCUCUCUCCUCAAUCUCUUUCAUUCAAUGCUUUACCGAACUCAUCACCACCCUUUUUUUCUCUACACAUUCAACCCUUUUUCCCACUCUUCUUUAUCACAUCAUCUUCUUUCUUCUGCUUCUUCUCAUCCUCUCCAGAAAAUGGAGUGUGUUCAGGGCGCUUUGGUGAGCGGGUUUGGGCUGGAAACGGAUUUGAAAACGGCGUCGUUCUUGGACGACUUCUCGGCGGUGAACGGUGUUUCCGGCGACUACUUGUUCGUCGACGAACUUCUGGAUUUCUCUAACGACUUCAACGGAGAAGAGGUUGAGGAGGAGGAAAAGCCUCAGAAACUGGAGGAACCGGAGGAAAAACAACGGGAGGAGAAGGACAAGACGUUCUUUGUUCCGCCGGAGAAACCAGCGGCGCCGGAGGAAAGCGCUGUCUCCGUGAAACACGAUUUUGGGCCUCUCCCUGAAAGUGAAGAAUUAAACGUUCCGGCGGAGGGCUUGGAGAGUUUGGAAUGGUUAUCUCACUUCGUGGAGGACUCGUUUUCCGAUUACUCUCUCACCGGAAAAUUGUCGUCUACUCAGGCGGCGAACCGGUCGGAACCGGGUACGAACGUCAAAGCACAGACCUGCUUCUCCUCUCCGGUCCAAACAAAGGCCCGAACGAAGAGGGCCCGAACAGGGGUCCGCGUCUGGCCGGUUUUGUCGCCCUCCUUCACCGAGUCGUCCACGUCAUCCUCGUCGUCCGCCUCCUCCGCCGCGUCGUUCUCAUUUCCGACGCCGAACCCCCUGGCGGUUCAGUGCCAGACCGGCGAGGCCCUGCAGGGAAAGCCGCCGCCGCCGAAGAAGCAGAAAAGGAAACCGGCCGACGCCGGAGGGAGCGCCGUGCCCCAGCCGAGGCGGUGCAGCCACUGCGGCGUGACGAAGACCCCGCAGUGGCGGGCCGGGCCCCUCGGGUCGAAGACGCUCUGCAACGCCUGUGGGGUGAGGUUCAAGUCGGGCCGGCUUCUGCCCGAGUAUCGGCCCGCGUGCAGCCCGACUUUCUCCAGCGAGAUCCACUCUAACAACCACCGGAAAGUCCUUGAGAUGCGGCGCCAAAAGGAGUCGGAGAUUGAACCGGCCGUCGGCCUUCCCCCGCCGGUUCAGAGUUUUUGAGGCGCUGAUUAGGUUUUUUUACGUUUAGGCAGGUAGGAAAAGGAAAGGGUAGAAUGGGCAGAAAAUGUUACAAUUUUAGAUGAUGGAGAGUUAAAUUAAUGAAUUCGCCGGUUUUCCGGUUGGUUGAAGCUGGCCCGGUUUAGUGUAUAUGUUUGGGAAGAACGGACCCAUGGGUCUGAUGAGGUAGGUCAUGACUGAUUAGGAUGAGACUCAAUUAAUUAUCUCUAAUGUAAUUUUCGAAUUGAAGUUUUCAUUGAUAUUGUUGUGUGUUUGCCUUUUUAAUUUAUUACUCUAUUCUAAC